UUUGUAUAAUUAAAAGUAUUACUGCGUGUCAUUGUCAUACAGUUACUUCCUAGUCCGACUGUAUAGUUACAAUUUAUGAGAACGAAUGAGAAAAUAAUGUAUUUAGCAAAGCAUUUUUAUUUUAUUUUGUUAUUUUAUGUAACUGAAAUCAGUGCUCUCAAAAUAGAAGCAAACAAUAUUACUCUGGGUCUGACGAGAUCUUUAGACGUCUCAUGUAUUUUAAAGAAUGAAUCAGUUCCUUCAAUGUCUCGCCUGUACUCCCUGUCUCUGUUACACUCCAAGACGUCUCAAGAACCAAAGUUCCAAGAAAUAGCUUCUGUCAACACCAUAGAUGGACUCAUCGAAUAUAUUGACGAAAAGUCAUUGAACACUUCUGGACAAAUUAACAGCAAUGGUUUUUCGUAUCUGAACUUGACCUUUAGAAACCCAACCAAAAACAAUACUGGUGUAUAUAAAUGCGAGGCCUAUGGGUUCAACAGCAGAAGCCGACCCGUAGAUAUCUCAUCAACAGCUCUAGUUCAGGCUGAGUCUCCAGAUAUCAAUGAGGUUAUUACUGAAAUCAAAAAGCUCAGGGACAGUUAUGAGUCUUUGAAAGGAGAAUUAGGUCUAUUCAACAGCCGACACAAGGCUGCCAAGAAUGAAUUCUUUAUUGAAUCCUCAGAACUAAACGGAAAGAAGUAUCUGCUUACUAAGAUGGCAACAUUCUAUUUCCCAAGUUUUGCACAGGCAAUGUGUAGUCUCUACGAAGGAUACUUAGCCGAAAUAGACUCGUUGGCUGAAUUUGAGUUUGUCCGAAAUUUUAUUAUUUCCAAAGGAUCCCAUUUUUCUAAUGUGAUGACGGGGGGAACAGAUGAAGAAACGGAAGGGAUUUGGAUCAACAGGCACAGUAAGACACCAGUUGCUUCAUUCUGGGCUCCAGGAGAACCCAAUAAUCUGGAAAAUGAAGAUUGUCAAAAUUUUUACAAAUUUCAAAAUUGGUACAUGAACGACGCUCCAUGUUCUGUUAGUAAUUCGGUUGAAGUUGGUUUUGUUUGCGAGAUACCAGUAUAGUACAUACUUAUCUUUCAUUGCAGAUUUGAUAGACAACUAUGUCGCUAUCGUAGGCUUCUUUUUAUGUUACUUUAAUUUUAAGGUAUAUGUUUGGUAUUCACAGUAAGUUUGUACACAUUAUGGCUCUGACACCCAAUCUAGCACAAUUAUUUAUUUUACCUGACAACACAAGAAUCAGUAAAAAAAAACAACAACCAAUUAGUUAGUCAACUAUUGCUAAUAAAUUAAUUUAUGUUGUAUCUCAAGCAAGGGAAUGAAAUAGUAGUUGACUGAAUUAGUCCCCUUUAUAGUAGACCGCCGUCCCAGGCCUAGUGAACACAAACAUGAAAUAGAAACAACUGUACAAUCUUCCAUGUCCAUAGAACGCUUACCUCAUAAGCCUGAGAAGGUUUUAGCUUACAAGUUCGCAUUCAGUUGAUAUAAGCUUUGUAAAAACAAUCAUGACAACAUUUGUUAAUACCUUGACUUUAAGGAUGCGUGGGCUAUUAUUUGGGACUAGGAAGUUAGCCACAAAACAUCUAAGUCCUUUUACAGAGUAGCUAGCAUGUCCCUUAGUCCUUCCCUAGGCGACAUGACUAGAGCAAUGACAAGUCAUGAUGUCACUCUUUAGAAUUCAGAAGUAAAUGUCAAUUUAUCAUUCGCCUUUGUGGACUAAACAAAUUCCUGCUUUAAAAAAUUCUAAACUUCCUUUGAGAUUUUAGUUCGUGACCCUCGUUUAAGUAUUAAGAGUGACCCAAGGUCUACACAACUAUCGCCACUUUCUCCCACAUUUAUGUAGCCACUUAUCUAAGGGGAAGAACUCAACAUUUACAUCCAUAUCUCACAAUACUGUAAGAUGCAUUUCCCUUUUCGCUAUCAA